CAAGAACAAAGCACUGAUGGCUAAACAAGCAAGUCCACCAAAAAACCCUAAGGACAACCUGGGCCCGCGCAAAAUGCCGGUUACCCAGCAGCCCUGCACCCCCGGCGCCCCCUGCCGCAGCCAGCACAGCCGCGCCGCCCCUUCCACCACCAACAUGGGCGGCGCCUCCUCCAACCGCCUGCCGGGCGGCGCUCCCUCCACCGCCCAAUUCUCCCAGCACGGCGCGCCUUCCUCCGCCAAACUGCGCGGCCCCACCCCGCAGCCCAGCCGCCUUGCUCCUGGUGGCGCCCCCUCCAGCGCCCACAGCCGGGGCGGAUUAUUAGCGCCCUCCUCCACCCACCGCACCAAGAGCAACAUCUCCUACAGCAACGCCAGCUCCUACAACAGCUUCCAGGACGCCGAACCGUAUGUGGAUAAACAGGGCCGGCCCAAGCGCUUCGUCUGCUGUAACUGCGGGAAAGGUCGCGGCCGGUGUUUCUGCUCGAGCGUGGAUGACUUCUCGGCGCUGGACGUGACCAAGUCGCAGUGGUGGCUGACGCAGGCGUCGGCCAUGGCGCUGCGGGAGAAACGCCUGGCGGAUGCGGAGAAGUCCAGUAUGAACGCCAUCCCGCGCAACGAGGCGGAGUUCAAAAAGGCGGAGCAGGCACGGUUGGCCGCCACGCCCAGUGCGGUUAGUGCGCCGGUGGUGUCCAUGUCCGUGCCGGAAAUGCCGCCGGUCCACGAGAUGCCGACAGCGCAACCGCCCCCGCCGGAUGAUACGGCGCAAUAACUGCCGACGAAGAAAUCUUAUAACUCCCUGGAAAGAAAAACUAUUUCGAAAAUGUUAAUGAUCUUAUUUAUUCUGAAAAUGUUAAUAAUCUUAAUAAUCGAUAAACUAAGAUACUAUAAAUACGUUUACGCUGAAAAAUAACAGCCAACCAUUAAAUUAUUUUUAAAUUACAGUAAUUAAAUUGUUUAUUAUGAA